UCCCCCAACCCUCGCGCGAAUCGGCCAAUUCCAAACCCUAGCAGUCCACCGCCCACCGGCUUCCGGUAGAAGCAAGCAGAAGAGCAGGAGCAAGGGAGUGGUGCGGACGCGGGCAUCAGGCAGAGCUGGAGCGCGGCACGAUCAGGGGCCUGGGUGUCCAGCCGUCCAGGCGACCAGCGGCCGGCGGCCGGCGGCCAGACAGCCGGGGACGAGCCGGCGAGGGGGCAGUGCGGCCAUCCGGCCAAGCGGAGGCGGCCGGCGACAAGAAGCCAGCGCGGGUGCGGCCAGGUCCAGGGGUCGCCAGCGAGAUGUGGCCGGCACCAGCGUCCCAAUGAGCUCCAAAGCCCGCUGACUGUUCGACAAAAUGCCUCCAGGGGAAAAUGUCAAGGGAGCGGUGCAGCCGGUGGCUGGCAGCAGCGGAGGCAUUGAAUCCCUGCCUGAUGGAGUCCUUCAACACAUCCUUGGCUUCUUACCAUCUCCAGAGGCCGUGCGCACAUGCGUGCUCGCCCAGAGAUGGCGUCACCUCUGGAAGGCCGCACCGUGUCUGCGGGUGGGGUGCGACUUGGAUCAAUCAGAGUCUGUGGAGGAACUCCGGAGCUUAGUGAACCAUCUUCUGCUCCUCCGUGGAGGCUCACCUCUUGAGGCAUGCUAUUUCACGUUUUAUGCUGGCCGCAGAAGCCACGAUGAUGUGUCCCACGUAAACCUCUGGUUCCGGCAUGUUGUGCAAAUGUGCAAAGUUCGAGUUCUCACACUCUUUAUGUUUUUACUUGGUGAACCCUGGCUUGAACUAGACAACCUGCCUGUCAUCUCCCAGCACCUGAGGAGUCUGAAGCUGAUUGGUGUACAGGUGCACAACAGUUUGCUUAAUUUUUCAAGCUGUCCAGCGUUGGAACAUCUAGAGCUUAGUUGCUGUGAGUUGCCACCAUCAGUCAAGGAGAUCGUGUCCGAGUCCCUGAAACAUAUUAUUGUCAUUGCCUCCAUGUGCGGCUGGGAUUCUCGCAUCCGCAUUUACACCCCAAAUCUGGUCUCACUGCAUCUUGAGAACUUUCAGGGGAGGACUCCCAUUCUUGAGAGGAUGCCCUCAUUACUGAAGGCAUCUGUCGAAAUAACCAUACAGUGUAGGGACCGCUGCACUAAUGCAAAUUACUUUUGGACUUGUGAUAAUUCUGGUAGCACGGCCAAUGGCAGUAUCAACUGCGUGCUUCUAAGAGGUAUAUCGGAGGCUAAGAGCUUGGCAUUGAGGUCUGCAUCCAACAUGUUUAUUUUUAAAAGGGAUUUGAGAUGGGGCCCUAUGUUUACAAAUUUAAAGACCUUGUUGCUGAAUGGCUACUGGUAUGUGCCUGAUGACUUCCAUGCACUGGCUCGCAUUCUUGAGCGCUCACCUGUUCUAAAGAAGCUCACUUUUGAAUUUUGCAACAAGUGGUGUCAUAAAGUGGAAAUGAAAUUAUGUGUCAGUUCAAUGAAGAGAUCAGCUGCAAUUUCAGAACACCUUGAGAUAGUCGAAAUCAAGUGUGAAGUGGUUGAUGAUAGAGUUCUCAAAGUUAUGAAGUUCCUGUGUGCAUUUAAUAUAUGUAAGCUAACUUGCAGUGCUCCUCUUGCAUUUAUAUUUCUAAAAUUUACCGUAAUGUCCAUUUGCAUGAAAGAAAGUAUAGCCUAAGUUUGUUAGGAAAUCAUGAAUGGUAGGAACUAAGAUACCAAUUUAUAGAUAAAUUUUAACUUUCCGCCAUGAAUUCUCGGUUCAAAAAGAUGUAGUUCUGCAUGAUCAAUCAAAUGUUUUUUUUUUCAUUUCUUUGUGUCAAGUUCUUAAUUCUUAUUUUGAGAUAUAAAUUGCUAAUACUGUCAUAUCCAAUUUAUUUUUUAUUUUAUUGGUUUAAUUGCUUGCUUCCGUGCCUAUUUUAUCUGCUAGGUUUUUGUAUUAAUAGUCCAUCUAUUCUCACAAUGGGCUGAAAUGACUGUUCUUGCUACUAGGGUUUGUGGUGGAAAUAAUCAGAUGGACACUGCUAGAAAAUGGUCUAAUAAUCAUGAAAGCUAAAUCUAACAUCAUUUUAAUAGAACAUUUGCCCAACAUUGUCAUAACUGCACUGUUCUGAAGUUUGAUCACAUGAAAAUAUGCAAGCUGAAGUGAAGUCUAUUGUUCUUUGGUGUCGUCAACCCUCAACAGUGCCCACGGGCAGAUAAUUUCUAAUUUCUUAGACUAUGCCCCUUGGACUUAUUCUUGUUUUGACAUUGAUCAGGUUUCAGUUUAGAUAAAAUGGAGACUUUGGAGUAGAAAUUGGAGCCCGCAAGGAUGCUAUAUUGUACUGUCUAAUGUGGUUCGCUAUGGGUGGAGAUAGAAUCAAUAGUCACCUGCUUAGACCUUCUACCUGAUGUGAUGUGGCGGCUUAUAUUAUCACUCCUGCUUUUGUUCAUCUAAUGCUAUGUUGCAGUUUCCAUGUCUUAUAAGCUGGAAAAAGGUAGAUUGUUCAAUUCCUGGUAGGCCUUGAUAAUCAAUGUCUAAUUUGAUUCGACUUCAUGUACCUGGAUAUCUCUUGCUAUUAGUAUUAACCUUGUUGAUCCCUUGCCCGAUUGAGUUGUUACCCUUGAAGAAAGUGUGCUGCCAUGAACUUGCUUAAUUUUAGAAGUAUUUUGUAUGCUUGACAUAUCUUCAGGCUUAUUAAUGAACUGCUGAGUACUAUCUUGCUAUACAUUGCUGAAUUGUGUUGACUUGUA